AAUUUUUCUAUAUAUAAAGGUCAUUUAGUUUACUGUUGUGAUACAUAGCCCGGUUUUAAAGCAAGGAGUUGAGGGAAUAAAAGCUCUUUUUUUUUCGGCUUCCAAUUGUUGCUUUCUUCUUGUGGUUUUUGCUACUUGUUGCAGAGGGAGGAGCUUGGUUCUCUUUUGUAUCUUUCUUCUUGGGGAUUGAGGAGAGAUAACUCUUAAGCUUUGAUUUUAAUUUGUGCUAGAAAGACAUGUCGAGCUGCAUCGAUGUUGCGCCUGAGCAACUCUGCUAUAUUCCUUGCAACUUUUGCAACAUAGUUCUGGCGGUGAGCGUUCCAUGCAGCAGCCUGUUUGAUAUUGUGACCAUCCGAUGCGGGCACUGCUCCAGUCUGUGGUCCGUGAACAUGGCAGCUGUAUUUCAGUCACUGUCAGGGCAAGAUGUUCAGGCACCCAAUUAUGUAACACAGGAAUAUUACAGGACGGAUUUGGGUUCCUCUUCCAAAUGCAAUAACAAAUUGUCAAUGCGAGAUCCUGCUAACGAUGCCUCUGAGGAAAGAGUAGUGAACCGACCUCCCGAGAAGAGGCAGCGAGUACCUUCUGCAUACAAUCAGUUCAUAAAAGAAGAGAUCCAAAGGAUCAAGGGCAACAAUCCUGAUAUCAGCCACAGGGAAGCAUUCAGCACUGCUGCUAAGAAUUGGGCGCACUUCCCUCAUAUCCAUUUUGGGUUGAUGCUGGAAACCAACAGUCAAACUAAGCUGGAUGAUGCCUCUGAAUAGCAUCUCACAUCAAAGACUGCACUGCUGAACAAGUGAUUAUGUUUAAGAUUCAACAACCCUAAUUUCCCAAUGAAGGCUACGGUUUGAAGUAAAGAAAGUCUUGAUCCAAUAUGUCUUUUAAGGACAUGAAU